GUCGAGAGCUCUGGGGCGCGUGGGACUUUUGCAGUGGUUGCCUUCCUCGUGCCAGUACCCUGCUCCCUCUCUCCCCUUGAUCGGCGUCCUGCUGCUCCUGCUCAUACAUUCUCUUCCUCCGUCCUCUCUCAUCGUCCACAUCUUCUUCCCGCCACCUUGGCCCCAGACCGCUGGGCUCGAGCUGUCGAACACCACUCCUGAAUAGUUCAUAAAGCCACUCUACACUUUGGCGGCUCGCAAAAAGGGGCAGGGUCGGGCAGGGCCGGCCUCGUCAGGAAACCUUCUCGCUUCUCAGAGGUCGCGGGGCUCACGGCUUUGAGGGGCAAGAAGCCCCUUGCCUUCGCGGGAGGCCUCCCCCCCUGCCCUGGCCCAUUUUGCUUCUUGUGCCUACGGAGCCCAUGGCCGUGACGAAGGUGUCCUCCGUGCUGGCCUGCCUCGCGCUCGCGCGGGCCCUCGAGGGCCAGCAGCAGGGCGCGCUGCGCGGGAGAGUGAACGCCACCAUCCUCCACUCCACGAGCGAGGCCAAGAGGGGCAAGAGGCGGCGGUCGGCCUGCGACUGCAUGAACUGGGCUGGGGUCUACUACGACUCGCUCGCGAUGUGCGGCCGCGCCGAGGAGCUGUACUUUCUCAGCAAGUUCGGCUUCUCUGCCGCCUACGCCGCCACCGAGCCGAUCGCAGGCCUGCCGCACCGGGUCUGCAACGACUUCCUGAAGAACUUCAAGAACGACUCUUGCAUCAUGGUGGACCAGUACCCUUUCCCGGCAGACGCGAUGACCAACAAGCAGUGGUGCUACGUGGCCAACGAUUGCGACACCCUGAACGGCGGUGACUACGCCACCAAUACGAUGGGCUUCCAGCUGGGCGGUUGGAACAACCUCGCCAGUACGAGCAACCUGUCCUGGAAGAUCUGCGAUCCGGUCGCGGACGCGGGUUCCAUGCUGAUGAACAAGUCGCCCGGGGAGCUGCUGGAGAUGUGCCUGAAGGACGACAUCAGCUGUUCUCGAAUCUUUCGUCUGGCCUACCCCGUCGUGGAGAUCACCUGGGGUGAGGCCCAGUACUUGCUGGAGGGCCUCGACGCGGUAUAUACGCCCGGUGCCAGCCUGACUACCUUGGUCGACGGGCUGACGGCCCCGACCGCCCCCUUCACCAGGAUGGUGGAGGUGCACUCGACGAUCGGCGACAUCGUCAAGUCCGAGCAGGGCACAAUCCUCGACUCGCCGGGGCACGGGGAUAAUUUCCACGUGAUCAAGGGCCGCGAGGUGUGGGAGGUGAAGAGGAUCGAGCUUGGCGACAUGGCCUACCUCGGCGGCCACUUCUCCCUGGAGUUCGCCGUGACGUGUGUCAUGGGCUGCGCCCCCUCUCGCCUGGGGAACCCCGAGAACCCGGACCACCCGGACCUCGACUUGGAGACGAUGUGAGCCGGCCCCGCCUGCUGCGGCGCGUGGUUGCUCCCUCCAUCCCAGAUCAGGAACACCGCGCCGGAUGCUUUUCUUCAGGUUUCUGCCUCGAGGGGUCCGUUUCGAGUCCCUGCGCCUCGAUCCGAGAGGAUGCACCCUGGGAGAAGUCUAGCGACGGGUUCUGAGAGCGGAUUGUGGCGGG